ACCAAACAUACCAGAAUUGCGGUCGCCUUCCUAACUGUUUUCAACAACUCCCUACCCUAAGCUCGAUAUUCACCUGAGAUACGCGCCAUCUAUCCCUCGAUUUUCGUCUCUCAUCGCGCCGCACAAGACAGUCCCACAGGUCAAGGACUCUAAUCAUCAUGCCCAAGAAAGGUGGAAAGGGAAAGAAGGGCAAGGGUAAGGGCGGUGGCGGCACAGCGAAGAAGGCACCCACCGUCCAAGAGCCUGUAACCCCCGGACACCAAGUUGAGGAUGUUGUCAAGGGCGAAGGCGAAGGCGAAACCACCGAAAGCCUCGCCCCCGGCACUGCUACCAAUGUCCCCUCCGCUGCCCCGCCUCAGGCCGCCGAGACAGUUGCCGCGAGCACAGGCGGAGAAGGCACGUCAACCGCGGAGACCACUGAGAAUGGCGACUCGUCCAACGAGGAAGUAGAGCAGGUUUCGGGCCCCGGCACCGCCAAGAGGUUCUCGUUGGCGGAGCAUCCGGCUGGCGCAGAAGGACGUGAACUCCGCAUGCCGUCUUCCUUGCCGGAUACAGGAGCAGCUGCCGAAUCCGAAGCGAAUGAGAACACCCUGCAGGGCGCUGUGGGCAAGACCCAGGCUUCGAAGGCGGGUCUGGUUGGAUCAUUGGACGCAGGGGAUGGGGAGGGACAAGCCGUAUUGCCUGACACUGUCGCCAAAGAAUCCGAGUUGACGGCUCCUACAACAGCCCCCGAAACCACCGUUCCCGAAGCGACUACUAGCGAGGCCGCCGCUCCCGUACCCGUCGUCACUGACGCCAGCGCUCCAGUGUCGGAGGCGCCGGCGGAAACAGCACUGCCCGAGAGACUCAAGGAGAAGGAAACCGCUGCGGCCGAACCGACAGCCACAUCUCCGUCCGACAGGGCGGAUUUGCCUGGCCAUGCAAAGCGCCCAUACGAGAGCAGCCUCUUCCACAAGGACGAGGACCACAAGCCUCCCAAGAUGGCCAAGGUCGGAGACUCCGAAACCGCCACCGCCGCCACAGAAACCAAAGCUGCGGAUUUGCAAACCGAGGUGCCAAGCGAGUCUACAGUGCAACCCCUGAUUGUCCCAGGACUUGGUGCCGAAUCCACAGACAAACCUGCUGAAAUUCCUCAGAAGGUCGACCCCGCAGAAGCGGUUGCCCCGACCACCGCUCCUUCGACUGCCCAGGCUGCUGCCUCCACCACAUCCCCUGUCGUUCCCGCUGCAGUUGCUACCGCAGGCGCAGGAAGCGAAGCCGAGGCGGAGACCAAGGAGAAGCAGGAGGUUAAAGAGAGCAUCGAAGCUUUCACCGGCGAGGGACAGGUCCCCGCGACCAAGGAGCCCCAGCAAGAGCCUGAGGCGACGGCCAAGGAAAGGGCCCAGGAGACCGCACCCGUCAAGACGACCCCGGAGACUCCCACAAAGGCCAAACCCAACGUCGCUGCCGUUGCCGCGGCCGCGGCCAUGAGAGGAAAGUCAUCUGCUUCGCCGGCACCUGCCACCGAAGCCGCCGAUAAGACAGAAGGUGAACCCAAGGAGACUCAGCCUGAAACUCAGGAUCAGGUCCCCACCGAGACUCCACGGGGUGAAGAGGCGGCUGCAAAGGAGACCCAGCCUGAGGCCACCGAGGGCAAGAAGUCGCACGAGGAGGCACAAACGGCCGUUGACAAAGCUCAAGAGGCAGCUAGAGCCGAAGCCGCCAAGGCGGAAAAGCGCAAGAGUGGCUUCUGGUCAUGGAUCAAGCGCAAGGUCAAGGGUACUUGAUCGCUUACCUUGCCUAGUCAACUAUUCUUAUACACCUAUAUACAAGUAUACAGGACGCGACAGAAGACUGCCGAAGAAAUAAAGUAAAAAAAGACAAAAACGCAACGAAACAUAAAGGAUACAUGAUUCGAAUUCUUGUUUAGUACGAAAACGGAUGAUGAUUGAUGCAUUGAGUUGGGCCAGUGCAUCAGGCUGUGUAUGAUAUGGAUGGGACAAGAUACCAACGGGUCUGGGCUGGAGGCAUUGGUCUGAGUUGCUUUGACUGAUUGAUUACUGCUGGGGGUCUUUACACCCUCGGCUGUUUUUGAGAUUGAUACAAGUUAAUGUUAAUGGAAUAAGUUCUCGUUGUAUGUCUCCUAUUAGAUACACCGCUCAUUGCGAUGUGGAACGAAGUCAGUG